GCUAACCGAUUUAAACUCUGCCUUAAGAUGUUGCGGAAACUUCGGGGAAGCCGCAGAUUCUGAACGGAUUUUCCCUGGGCAGGAAGGGCCAUGCCGCUGUUUCGCUCUAAGAACCUAACUUUUCCCCUUCCACCUCCACUGCUCCAGUCUGCAGGAGUUUUGUGAUUUUUCGUGUCCGUUUCUGGAUCUUUGGGACAAUUAUUUCAACUUUUUUUUUUCUCUCCUGCUGCUGGAUUUCAGUUGGUCCCGGAGAAAUAACUUUGCAAUUGACUGGAAGUCUCUGGAUCUCUCUGCAAAUUUGAAGACGGAAAGUUAUAAGUUUUUUCUUGAGGUUCAGAUGCUUAAUUGUCUCCCUUCUUCCUCUCUACUCUUUUUUUUUUCCCGGGGUUUUCCUUAUCCUGGGAUGCUCUGGCAGACAUAACUUGUCAGAAGUUUUCUUAGACACGGAUUUCAACCUGGAUUUGAGCUGCCGCUCCUGUGGAGUUGGUUGGAUAAUAACCCUGUUUUAAUCUUUGGCUGCUGCCCACGGGAUCAAACUCUUGUUCCAGAAGGUUUCCGCUGGUGCAAGCCACGAUGCUAAGACUUCUGCUGAGCGCGUUCUUCCCCUGCCUGAGCUUAGCCGCCCCAUCUCAUAUUAACAAACUCGCUCUAUUUCCGGACAAGAACGCCUGGUGUGAGGCCAAGAACAUCACCCAGAUUAUCGGACACAAUGGAUGCAAUUCAAAAUCCAUCCAAAACAGAGCCUGCAUGGGCCAGUGCUUCAGCUACAGCGUCCCAAACACUUUGCCGCAGUCGACAGAGUCCCUGGUGCAUUGCGAUUCUUGCAUGCCCUCCAGCAUCCAGUGGCAAAUUGUAUCGUUGGAUUGUCCCAAUGAUUCCCGGGUGGAAAAAUUGGUGGAAAAAAUCUUGCAGUGCAGCUGCCAGGCGUGCGAUCUGGGCCCGCCGAGCGACGAGUACCUCAGAGAAGACUCCUUCAUCCAGGUCCCUGAAGGCGCCAAUCCCCAUGAACACCCUAAAAACGACUGAACUUCCACCAGAAGCUCCCACCUCCUCCAUUUUCUCUCUCCGCUUCUUUCUCUCUCUCUCUCUCUCUUUCUCUUUCCUCUCUCAAACCUCCAUCCUGUUCCGAUGUGGAAGAAAAGGGAAAACGAGGCGCAGAAUCCAAGGGAGAGGACAGGAAGCUGGGCUAGUGGGUGGGUGGGGGACGGACGGAUGGACGGACAGACGGACGGCGUCUGGAUUUUGGAAUCGGAAGGAUGAAGAAGAGAAGAGGCCGGCUGGAGAAUGGAAAGCCCCUUUUUCCUGCCAAGAUGGAGUCACCGUCGCCAGCUUUCCGAAGAGAACUCUGGAGAUUCAGCCCGUUCCAGAUUUGGGGAUGGUGAAAGUUUGGGGAGGUUGCCGACAGGAAUGGAAUGCAUCUUCCUUCCCUUUGCUCUGAGAUCCUUGCUCAAAACUGAGCAGAAGAAACGUGGAUUUUCUUGCCGUGUGCCACCUAGGAACAUGGGAAGGGGCUUUUCCCGUAUAUAUAAAGAUAUAUAUAUAUAUAUAUAUAUAUACUGAGAAGAAACCUUGUUCAGCAGUAUUAUGAACGUUUAUCAGAACAGGUUUGGGGUCCUCGGAGGUCUUCGAUUUCGGUUUCCAUCGCACCAGCCAGGAAAGGCUCUGGGAUGGGAGUUGUAGUCCAGAAUUUCUGGAGGACACUAAGCAAGUCAUCUAUCUAACCCAUGCUUUUGGCCUUGAGCUCGUGGUGCCCAGAUCAUUUCUCCCCUUUUUUUUUCUCACUCAAGAGGAGGUUGAGUCGCGACUCCGUCGCCGGUGUGCAAGACACGAUCCCUACAACGCACACAGAAGCUACUCGAGAAAGCGUCUUCAAGUGGUUCUCCUCGCCCCCCCCCCCACCUCCCACCCCUGGAGCGCGAUCUCUUGAAAACAACCAUAUCUCUCUGCCAUGAAUCUGGUUGCGUUUUUGGGGUAAAAGGGGGAAUUUCUUUCCUUUGCAGCUGGAGCUUUUGAUUCUCCUGGAUCUGAUGCUGAAGGGGACACCGUUGGGAGAUGCGCCCCCCCCCCACAUUUUCACACACUACUACAAGCUUUUAGGGGGACAGGGCUGUGGGGUAAGGGGCACCCAAGCUCUUUUUCUUGAUGGGAACCGUUGGGGUUAGUUAUUGCUUGGAUCCACUAAAUCCAGCCAUGUUUUAGAAGCCAAAGUUCCCGGUCCCAUAGCAGGUUGAAUUCCUGCCCAUCCAGUGGUGGGAUUCGAACAAUUUAAAAACUGGUUCUCUGCCCUAAUGACUGGCUGGGUUGGCGUGGCCAUGGCGGGCGUGGCCAGGGGUUGGGACAGGCAGCACUUGGCCUUCUGCAUCCCCCUGGGAGCAAAAAAGGGCCAUGGGGGGGAACGUACUGCCCCCCCAUGCCUCAUUUUGGGCCUAGUAGGCCUCCCUGCAGUCUCCUGGGAGCGAAAACGGGCUGUGGGGGUCGCACUGCCCCACCUCACGCCCCAU